AUGGAACGCCCGGAAGAAGCAAAGAACUGCGGCCCAAGGCACAGUGGCUACCUCGGUGCCCUGCAUAGAAGCAAGAAACAUAUCAUAUCCCAGCAGUCUACAUGUUGGACGUCGUUCCGAUUUGCUCCACGUUUCUUCCCAAGAAUACACAAUCAAUCUCUGUACAACAGCGCCAUCUCUUCUCUUGCUCCUUUAUGCACCGCCCCGUCGUCAUGUCAGGCACCGAUGCCGUGGACACUGGACCAGCUACAACACCGGACUCCCGAGACCCCUGGAAGGCAGCAGACAAGCUAUGAACAGCCCAACCAAGCCAUGUGGUGGACAACACCGAUGGCGCUGGAGCGGCAAGACAAAAAAAACAAAAGAACUACCACCACUACUAUGACUAUUACUACAACCACCACGGCACACAAUGAUGGUCAAGGAUACGACUGCGACGACCAAAAGAGGGCUGCUCGAAAGCCGCUAGCCAGCAAAGCAGCGAGCAAGCAUGCCCCAAGUUGCAUGGCGAUCAUGGCCACAAGCUCAUACUUGGCCUGUCCGCCUGCAGUGAAAACAUUACCGCCCUGGUCCUGGAAGGCUUUGCUGGACGGACACUGCACGCUGGGCUGCGCUGCAUAUCUGACCGCCAGUUCAUCAUCAGACCAAGGCAAGGGCCAAGCCGAGCACCACCAGCAUCAGCACCAGCAACAGAACCAGCGAGGCAAGGCAAGGCAAGGCAAAGCACCGCUUGACCAGACGGAAAGGGAGGCAUUCCCAACACUAGACAAGACAGACGUUGUAAAGGCUGUUCCUGGCUCGCCCUCAUGGAUAUGGCCAUGGGACAUUGCCCAUCUGCGGAUAGUCAACCGCCCUCGACGACUCGUUCGGCAGUGGCGCAUUGUCACGGCCGCCGUUGGCUGUCCGGCCUCGUCGAGACAAGCCUCAUCUUACGUCCAUUGUGUCGACCGCACAGACAUCAGGCUUGCUGCACCUCUUCUUCGCUCUUGUUCUCCCGCUGCCGUUGCCGUUGCCGCUGCCAGAUGCAGAGCACAGUACUGCGCUAUACUGCCGGCUCUUUAUUUUCAGAUUGCUCAGCUCGUCAAACCGAUCCGCGCCAUCGACUUGUCAAUUGCACUAGCACUAGCCGCAGAAGGGAGCCGCCCAAGACAGUACAAGACACGCAUGCAGCCUGCGUUUGCUUGCUCUCACAGACCCCCGUUGAACCCGUUAGGAUCGGCGAACAGCAUAAGCACAAGUUCAGCAACUCGGAGAUGCGCACAGGCAAAGGUGGAGGCUGUCCCCCCCUCCCCAAAUCAGAGGAGACGGGACCAGGGUAAGCCACAGUUGAGAGCAGUUCCUUCAAAUAGAUGGGUUCCUCCGCCGGUGUUCCAGUCUCCGAUCCUCCAGACGCCUCUUAGUUUCUCGCCUGCUCGUUGCUCAACUAUGCGCGCCGUCAUAGUUUCGCGUUUGACUUCUACGCGUGCCGGAGUCGGGGGCCUAACCAACCAUGGGGUCAACUCUACGAGGCUAACCGCUGCCUCCGAAAUCUGUCUGCCUAGGAGCGUCAGCCGGCACGAAGAGGAUCCCAUGAAGCGGGAGCCCAUCUAUUACAACCCACCAGCAUGCGCAUGUCCGAAGUCCACUCGACUCUUCAUUGCAUCAGCAACCGCAGGUUUCAAACAUGGGGUCUACAGCACCCGUAUGCGGAUUAUGGGCCAUGCACACUUGACGCCCUCUCGAAUUUCCCGCCCUCUUCAACCAGAUUCCCACCAGCCUCCAAGUCGAACCGAUGCUCUACGAGUCUGGGAGGGAGCUGUGACCAGGUGUGGUCAUCAUACACGGACACGAACCAACCCUUAUCCAAGCAAUCCUUAUGACCAGCGUUUCUUGGAUCCCGCUCUUCGGAGAAGCUGUCAUCCAGCUUGCUCCAUUGACUCUGGCUUUGACACCGCAUUAAACGCGCUGAUCCAGACGUACCACGGGUUGCCCAUGACCUGCUCUACCCAAGUACCAGAGAAGCAUCAUGCAUGA